AUGGGCGGCCUUCUCAAGCUGUUCGCCCUCAUCGUCGGCAUCCUGUCGCCCGUCGUGUAUCUGCUUGAGAAGAACCUCGAGUCGUUCUACAUCUUCGACCUCGACCAUCUGUCGACCGUCUCUAAGCGCGGAAUCGAGCUGUACGGCAACGACACCCGGGCCGUCGUCAAGCACAUUGUCGACGAGCUCCAUGGCACUGCCGACCUCCAGACCUACGUCAACCUCGACGAGGAGUGGGUGUUCAGCAAUGCCGGCGGCGCCAUGGGCGCCAUGUACAUCAUCCAUGCCAGCAUUACCGAGUACCUAAUCAUCUUUGGCACGGCCGUCGGCACCGAGGGUCACACGGGGCGGCACACGGCGGACGACUACUUCCACAUCUUGACGGGGACGCAGACGGCGUACGUGCCGGGCUCGUACGAGGCUGAGGUGUACCCGCCGGGGAGCAUCCACCACCUGCGGCGCGGCACCGUGAAGCAGUACAAGAUGCCCGAGGGCUGCUUCGCGCUCGAGUACGCGCGCGGCUGGAUCCCGCCCAUGCUCUUCUUCGGGUUCGCCGACAGCCUCUCGAGCACGCUCGAUUUCCCCACGCUGUGGCGAACCUCAGUCGUCACGGGCCGCGAGAUGAUCAGCAACCUGCUCAAGGGGAAGUUUUGA